AUGGCGGCUGCUCACCGCGUUUUGAGAUACAUCAAAGGCUCCCCAGGUCGAGGACUAUUCUAUCCGGCAAACACCAUACUUAAGCUAAAAUCUUUUUUAGGUUUGGAUUGGGGAACUUGUACUGAGACACGCAAAUCAGUCAUGGGAUUCUGCAUUUUCUUAGGUUCAUCUUUAAUAUCGUGGCGUUCAAAGAAGCAAGCCACCGUCUCCAAAUCCUCAUCCGAGGCCAAAUAUCGAGCCUUAGCCAUGACUGCAUUUGAAUUACAAUGGCUGAAUAUGCUCCUCCAAGACUUGCAUGUCACCACAACCGAUCCCGCUGUUGUAUUCUGUGAUAGCAAGUCUGCCAUAGCAAUAGCUGAGAACCAUGUCUUCCACGAGAGAACGAAGCAUAUCGAGAUUGAUUGUCAUGUUGUGAGAGAAAGAGUUGCCAGAGGUUUGAUCAAACUAUUGUCUGUUUCCACUCUCAACUAG